AUGUUUCAAGGGCAGCGCGGUUGGUUCAGCGGUAGCGUCAGCCGAGAGCUGAGGCAGUUCUGGGUGGCCGAAGGGGGGACAGUCAGCGACUCGCAGGCCGCUGAUUUCUUGUUCAGCUGUGACGCCUCGCACCCAGACACGCUGAGAAUAUAUGAAAGUCUUGAUUACAUAGAAGAUAAUGCUACAGUUUUUCAUGCCUACUAUCUCUCUGCAGUAGCCAAUGCUGAAAUUAAAAACUCGGUGGCUUUGGGUCAUUUCAUUCUUCCUCCUGCAUGCCUGCAAAAAGAAAUAAGAAGAAAAAUUGGUAGUUUUAUUUGGGAACAAGACCAGCAUUUUCUGAUAGAAAAGCCUGAUGAUAUAGCAUCAAAUAAAAUAAAAAGCAGUGAACUAGCAAUAGAGCACAAAAAAGAAUUAUCCAAAAGCACAGAAAAAAUUUUUAUAAGGACUCCAGUUGUAGAAAAGCAAAUGUACUUCCCUCUUCAGAAUUAUCCAGUGAACAACAUGGUAACAGGUUAUAUAUCAAUUGAUGCCAUGAAGAAGUUCCUUGGGGAGUUACAUGACUUCAUUCCUGGAAGCUCAGGAUAUUUGGCAUAUCAUGUUCAAAAUGAAAUUAACAUGUCUGCUAUAAAAAACAAAUUGAAAAGGAAAAUUUGAGUUAAAAUUUCCCUUGUAAACUAGGUAUUUAUUUUCUAUAAAAUAUUACCAAAGAUGUGCAUAAUUUAAAUACUCCCCUUUGGGUCUGAGGGAUAGGGAAAUGGGAAUAGUUCAUCUCUUCCACGACAUGUGUCUUUAGGAAAUCCAGAAUCCUUUUGAU